ACACCCUUAUUACAUCAAUGCUUCUUGUGUAUGGUCGAUCUAACUUUGACUUUGGAAAAUUGUGGAACGGCGGAGAACAAUAAGGUUUGGGUGUAUAAUAAAUGGAUGGCUGAGAGAGAAAGAGAGGGGGAAUCAAAAGCAAAGAGAUAGGGAAGAAAAGAGACAGGGAAUGGACUACCCAAAGAUACCAAAUUCAACGUUGUAUAAGCUGCGGGAGAUAUUGGAGGAAGAUGAUCCGGUGAGAUUGAAGGCAUUCUUAGAAGAUGAUGAAUCGGAUGUGUGGCUCUCGGAGUACCCGGAGGUGAUGACGGAAUGCCUAUCGUCCGGGGCUAAGAAAUGCGCCUUUCUGAUGCUCAGCGGCGAUGUUCGCCACGGGAUUGGUGAGUAUUCUAGACGGGAUGUUCUCCGUCAAGCCUUGGAGAUCCGUACGUGUGACCCCGAAAUUGUCGAGGUUUUAUUCGAGCGUUUUGGUGGCGAGCGGUAUGCAAACACUCUUACUCGUUUGGGUACCCAUCCCAUCCACGACUUCAUCUCUAUGCUCACACGGAUCUUCCCUGUGUGCACUUGGAUUCGAGACGGUUCUCUCUUCAAGCUUCUCAUAUUACUUUGUGAUCCUCAACUCCGUAAGAAGCUCCAUUGUUUGCGCUUGCUUGCUAAUUAUACUCACUCCCUCCCUAAGGUUGCUGCUUCCUUUCUUAUUAAUGGUGAUGUUGUCGAGCUUGCUGCCUUGCUUUUGGUCGCUCACCCCUCGCUUCUCCAUCAUUUAAAAUCUUGUCAUAUUGAGAAUCAUCCCUCCACAAUGAAGGACACAAGUGAGAUGGUUUCAUUGGCCGCCGUUGGAAAAUUUCCAAAUCCAAGUGGGUUUGGAUUGAUUGAGAUUUUCGAAAAGGCUGGCGAUUCACUCACCAAUUUCUACACCAAAAUGCCUCAAGAUAUUUCCGGCCAGGAUCUGAUAAAGAGUGUUGCUGAGAUUCUCAUCCGUGAUGCUCAAAUUCCAGUAUCUGAAGAUGAUGUGGACUUGGCCGGAAUUUUGAGUGUGGAACCUGAAAUGAUGCCUUCCAUUCACCAAUAUCUGCUUGGUAUUAAACCAAAGGAUGGCAGUGACAAGAGUCAGAAACACAUGUUCCCCUCUGUGCGCUCUCCUGAUCUCCUGUAUUUGUGGGAACCAGUGAAAGGAUGGUUUGGAAAUAUCUCACCUGCUCAAUUACAAGGGUUCUGCAAUGCAAGAUCUGGGCAUAGGAUGGGGAAACGGCCAUAUUCUACUGCAGCCUUGCAGAAUCUGAGAAAAACUGCAAAAUCACAAGCUUGUUUUUCUCCACCUCCAACUCCGGCAUUAAGGGUCAUGGCAUCUCUGGCAAUGAGACUUGGAAGGGGCCUCAGGUUUCUCUGAUGGCAGGUAUCUAAUACGGAGUGAUUCAUUUAAUUUUGCCGCAUUGAAGUUCCAGGGUGGUGGUGUGCUCGAAUAAUGUGGGGAGAUUCGGGAGAUUCCUAGUCUAGUAAUAAAAGGAUGCCGCAACUUCGUGUCUCAUGUACUCCGUACUAUUUAAUAACUGUACCAUAUGUUGUAUCUCAUGCUAGAGUUGAAGUGAAUUGUUGUGAUUUAUUUGUGGACGUGGUACCACUAAUUAUGUAGCUGGCUUAGAAUUCGAUUGUGUCAGUAUUUAAUGUGAUGGAUUAUUUUAAUGUGAUGGAUUAUGGGUCAUUCAAUCUACUUGAUGAUACUUUACUGUCGUAGGCUUUUGCUGUA